CUCAGUCUCACUUUUUCUCAUCCAAACAUUUCUUGCAAUCCUCUACAAUAACAAGACAACUCAAAGAAAAGAGCAAGACGAACAUAAAAAGACACGUCCACCUCUCUAUUCUUGAGGAUAUCAAAACAUCCCGGAUCAUCAUCCCUCGCUUGGUCUAUCACUGCACCGUCCAAGCCUCGUUAUUGAGCUUGCAAUAAAUACUACCACCACGGCAACCACACAAUGCCUUCUCCACUCGCAUCUUUAUCUACAGAGGCCUCCUCCUACUCUACGGCCGCCUUCUACCCAAAGCAGAUCAAGCCUUCUCCGCGCUUUGAGCAGAAGAAGAUGAGCAUCUCACAAACAUUCUACCUCGCACACACCGCCCGGGGCAAGCUUGCCUCUGAGGCAGCUCGCCCAGACCAUGACCUCCGCCUGCUCGUCGGCCACGCAAACUUGCUUGAUGGUUUGAUGAUUGAACUGUCCGAGGCCGAGCAGGAGCAGGAGCGCUGGUUCGACCAGUCCGUCAAGGGCGCCGCAAAGGCAUCCGAAGAGCCCAAGCAUAUCCGAUGGGCAGAUACCAUUGUGGAGGAGUCUGAAAAGGACUGGAGCCUAGAGGACCUUGACGACUCUGACUCGGACAGCGACGACUCCGACUAUGAAGAGGACGAGGACCUCGACAUUGAAAUGAUUGCGCCCCCAUCAAGGGCCGCUCCCGCCCAGCCUAUUUCUUACACCGUCUCAUCACAAGAGGUCGAGGAGGAUGAGGACGAGGAGUUUGAGGACGAAGAGGACCUUGCCGAUUUGGCCCUGGUCCGCACCUCAUCGCAACAUCCUCCGGAGCUUUCCCAUGACUCGGAUGACUCGGAAGACGAGUCCAUGCCGCCAUCGCCGCCUCAACUUACGCUUGAGCUCUCCGAGAAGGAGCGCCAGCGCAUCGCGACCACAUCCUUUUACGAACCUAAACAGCCAACACCUUCGCAGCAAGAUUCGAUAUCGCCAUCAGAUCAAGCCGUCUUCUUUGAGAAUGAUUACUACCUCACACAAGGAGCGGCACCAAUGGUCAGCGCCUACUAAUUCGCGCCUUCUUGAUCAUGAUGAUGACGACGACGUUUCUUUUUAACGAUUGCGCACUGCUGCUUAGCGUUUGAGCGAUUCAGCGAUUACUUUAAUAUACUUUUUUUACGGUGUUUCGAUAUGGCAUGGAGCAUUGGGAAGACGGAUACUGGCGUUUAUCUGGAUUUUUUAAUCAGGAAAUAAUUGAUACCACUUGAUGUGGGCGGGAAAAGGGAAUCUUUUUCUCUUUGGUAGAUGAGGAUGGAACAGGGGUACCUUGAAACUCUCCAACAAUUGUACAAAAUGGACAAUGAUCUCUCUCUCCCCCUCCGGGGCUGGCGAAGACGGUCGAGACUUGUCUAUGCAGAUAGCUUAUACAAAUAAUGAAAAUAUAUCAUAAUAACAUU